GCCCCCUCCAUCAAAGAUGGCUGAAGUUAUCGACUUCACGAAGAGAAGAACCGUUGUCCCGGAUUUCAUGAGACCAGCCCUCGACGUCCUCCUUUGGAGGGAUAAGUGGGCAAGUGGUAAGGUGUUCGUGGGCGGGCUGGCAGUAUACGGCGCGAUAUUUGUCUACGGAUACUCUCUGCUGUCUCUCUUUUCCAUCUUUCUGUGCUUGCAUGUUGUUAUCAGUGUGCUCAUCAACCUCCUGCUGCGCUGGAGGGGAAGAGCUUCCGACGCUCGGUCCCCGCCUCCUCAGAUCAGCCCAGAGUUUGUGAGCAGCCUGUGCGAGCAUGUCAACUGCAAGAUAGCACAGUACUUCGACAUGCUGCAGCUCCUCGACAUCGUGUCGGCUGCCUCGGUCUGCAUCGUUCUAUACAUCUUGUACCGGCUGGGGUUGAUCUUCUCCGACGCCACCCUGAUGCUCAUCGGAUACUUGCUCGCCUUCUCCCUGCCGUCUGUGUACGUCAAAUACGAGCGGCAGGUUGAGGACGCGGUGUCCAAGGUCAGGAGCCGAAUGCAGCAGGUGUCUGAUGCGAUCUACAACUCCAUCCCAAGGGCAGACACGCUCAAGAAAGAUGAACGAAACAAGGAAGAACGAAAGAAAGAAGAACGAAAAAUUGAGAAGGAGGCAGACAAGGAAGCGACCAAGAGCGAGAAGCAAGAGUGAAGUGAAGCAGCCUAUGUUGAAGGUCACAAGGCAGGGAGAGUCAUGUUUAAGUUUGUUGAUGUACGAACAUCGCACUAAGACCGCGAGGAAGGGCUUUUUCGAAUGUUUAGAGGUUGUAUUCGCCGAUGAGGCAGUACUCUUCUUUAAAAGUUACAAGCGUGG